AUUUCCACCGCUGGGUGACGUCAUUCCGGCGCGCCGGCAGGGCCACAUCCGGGUUUCGGCUGGAGGACUCCUCAGACGUUUUCCGCCUGUGGACGAAAGCUGUGUGGAUCGCAAUCGCUGAACGAGGUGCAGCUGUGAAGUGUUGGUCAGAAAGACUGUAGCCUUCCAGUGCCUCAGAAGCCGCUCAGCCCCGGGAGAGAAAACCUGAGUGUUGCACUGGUCAUUCAGUCUCAUGAAACAGUAUUUCAGAAAACGUUUUGAAGUUUCCAUGAGAACCCGAUUCUGCUAGAAAUAACUCUUUCUUGGAGACCCGAAAAGGCCAAGGCCACCCAGCUUCUGAGUGACCAGCCAUGUCACUGUCCCACCUGUACCGGGAUGGGGAAGGCCACCUGGAUGAUGAUGAUGACGAGCGUGAGAAUUUUGAGAUCACAGAUUGGGAUCUCCAGAAUGAGUUCAAUCCCAACCGGCAGCGUCACUGGCAGACCAAGGAGGAGGCCACCUAUGGGGUGUGGGCUGAGCGUGACUCGGACGAGGAGAGGCCCAGCUUUGGAGGAAAACGGGCCCGAGACUAUUCUGCACCCGUUAACUUCAUCAGCGCGGGGCUCAAGAAAGGGGCAGCUGAGGAAGGGGACUCCGACGACUCUGAUGAUGACGAGAAGCCUGUGAAGCAGGAGGAUUUUCCAAAGGAUUUAGGACCAAAGAAGUUAAAAACGGGUGGCAAUUUUAAGCCCAGCCAGAAAGGCUUUGCUGGAGGAACCAAGUCCUUCAUGGACUUUGGCAGCUGGGAGAGACACACGAAGGGGAUCGGGCAGAAGCUGCUGCAGAAGAUGGGUUAUGUCCCUGGACGGGGCCUGGGAAAGAACGCACAAGGUAUCAUCAACCCCAUUGAAGCCAAACAGAGAAAAGGCAAAGGAGCUGUGGGGGCCUAUGGCUCAGAGAGGACCACUCAGUCUCUGCAGGACUUCCCCGUGGCCGACUCAGAAGAGGAGGCUGAAGAGGAGUUUCAGAAGGAGCUGAGUCAGUGGAGGAAAGACCCCAGCGGGAGCAAGAAGAAGCCCAAGUACUCUUACAAGACUGUGGAGGAGCUGAAGGCCAAGGGCAGGAUCAGUAAGAAGCUCACAGCGCCUCAGAAGGAGCUGUCUCAGGUCAAGGUUAUCGACAUGACAGGCCGGGAGCAGAAGGUGUACUACAGUUACAGCCAGAUCAGCCACAAGCACAGCGUCCCCGAUGAAGGGCUGCCGUUGCUGGCGCAGCUGCCUCCCACAGCUGGCAAGGAAGCCAAGGUGCCAGGCUUUGCACUUCCUGAACUGGAGCACAACCUGCAGCUGCUCAUUGAGCGUACAGAGCAGGAGAUCAUCCAGAGUGACCGUCAGCUGCAGUAUGAGCGGGACAUGGUGGUCAGCCUGUCGCAUGAGCUUGAGAAGACGGCAGAGGUCCUAGCACAUGAGGAGCGUGUCAUCUCCAACCUCAGCAAAGUGCUGGCCCUGGUGGAGGAGUGUGAGCGCCGCAUGCAGCCUCAUGGCACCAACCCCCUCACGCUGGAUGAGUGUGCCCGCAUCUUUGAGAUGCUGCAGGACAAGUACUAUGAGGAAUAUCGCCUGGCGGACCGUGCAGACCUUGCUGUGGCCAUCGUCUACCCACUUGUGAAGGAAUACUUCAAGGACUGGCACCCCCUCGAGGAUGGCAGCUAUGGAACCCAGAUCAUCUCCAAGUGGAAGAGCCUCCUGGAGAAUGAUCAGCUUCUGUCUCACAGCAGCCAGGACCUGUCGUCAGACGCCUUCCACAGGCUCAUGUGGGAGGUUUGGAUGCCUUUUGUUCGGAAUGUUGUUGCCCAGUGGCAACCUAGGAACUGUGACCCGAUGGUGGACUUCCUGGACAGCUGGGCACCCAUCAUCCCUGUGUGGAUCCUGGACAAUAUUCUGGACCAGCUCAUCUUCCCCAAGCUGCAGAAGGAGGUGGACAACUGGAACCCUUUGACAGACACUGUUCCCAUCCAUUCGUGGAUCCAUCCGUGGCUGCCCCUCAUGCAGGCCCGCCUGGAGCCUCUCUACUCCCCUGUCCGCAGCAAGCUGUCCAGCGCACUGCAAAAGUGGCACCCCAGUGAUGCCUCAGCCAAGCUCAUCCUGCAGCCCUGGAAAGAGGUUCUCACUCCUGGGUCCUGGGAGGCCUUCAUGCUCAGGAACAUUGUGCCCAAGUUGGGCAUGUGCCUGGGUGAGCUCGUCAUCAACCCCCACCAGCAGCAUAUGGAUGCCUUCUACUGGGUGAUGGACUGGGAAGGGAUGAUUUCAGUCUCCAGCCUGGUGGGGCUGCUGGAGAAGCAUUUCUUCCCCAAGUGGCUUCAGGUGCUGUGCUCCUGGCUCAGUAACAGCCCCAAUUAUGAGGAGAUCACCAAGUGGUACCUGGGCUGGAAAUCCAUGUUCUCAGACCAGGUGCUGGCACACCCCUCUGUCAAGGACAAGUUCAAUGAAGCACUUGACAUCAUGAACAGGGCUGUGUCCUCCAAUGUGGGUGCCUACAUGCAGCCAGGUGCACGAGAGAAUAUUGCCUACCUCACCCAUACGGAGCGCAGGAAGGACUUCCAGUACGAGGCCAUGCAGGAGCGCCGUGAGGCUGAGAACAUGGCUCAGAGGGGCAUCGGUGUGGCUGCCAGCUCUGUGCCCAUGAACUUUAAGGACCUCAUUGAGACCAAGGCGGAGGAGCACAACAUCGUGUUCAUGCCUGUCAUUGGCAAGCGGCACGAGGGCAAGCAGCUCUACACCUUUGGCCGCAUCGUCAUCUACAUCGACCGUGGAGUAGUGUUCGUGCAGGGCGAGAAGACUUGGGUGCCCACCUCCCUGCAGAGCCUCAUAGACAUGGCCAAGUAGACACAGGGCCUACACCUGGCAGGCGUAGAUAAACAGCACUUUAAACCAGCUUUACAAAUGAUGUCUCUCUAUUUGGGAAACCAGCACCAGGGCAGGGUGUGAUGUGAUGCCACCAGCCUGGGCUAUAUUCCUGGCUUGGCAGAGAUGGCAUGGUCUGCACCAUGGCUCUUGGCGCAUGUGGCAGGAGCUGCCCUGCUACACUGGCUGGGCUGAGUCUGUCUGUUUUCUGAUGAUCUCUAGGUCCUCGCAGUCCUGGUAAUCAGGCUCUUCCCGAGAUGCCCAAAGGUCCCUGGGCAGUCCCUCCAGCUUCAGUAGAGGGAACCAGUGAACAGAGGUGUCGUUAAAGGUGUCCAUGUACCGUGGAGUCUGUGGCAGUGGGAUCUCCUCCAGGCUUUUCAGAAUCUGAGUGGAGGGUCCAGACACAGGCAUUAGGCAUGACCCUGUUCUCCUGGCAUGCUUUUCCUUACCUGGCCACCCCAUUGUCCUUUUGAAAACUAAGAAAUGGGGAUUUAUAUUUCAAUGCUUUUUAAUCCCGAAGGCCAUGGAAAUGCUGGACUCACCCUGAGAAUGAAGGGGACUGGGUUCUAACUGGUUCUAGGGGAGAGCCCCUGCCAGUACAUCAUGAUUUAUGUGCUCAGAAACAUCAAUGGUAGUGUGGUUUUGCACCCCCACCCCUACCCAACCACUCUUUCAGAUACCUUUGCGAUGUAGGGAUAAUUUUUCUGCAGAAUCCUUGUCAACAACCUAGAAAUAAAAAAAUAUGUACAUAA